AUGCCUCAGGGCCUCCUCUCAGUCUCCGCUGCCCUCCUCCUGCUGCUGUUCGCCUCUGGACUCAGUCUGACCCACGGCUGUAACAAAGCUCUGUGCGCCAGCGAUGUCAGCAAGUGCCUAAUUCAGGAGCUGUGUCAGUGUCGUCCGACCGAUGGAAACUGCUCGUGUUGUAAAGAAUGCAUGUUGUGUUUGGGACAUCUGUGGGAGGAAUGCUGCGACUGUGUGGGCAUGUGUAACCCCAAAAACUACAGUGACUCUCCGGCCACCUCCAAGAGCACCGUGGAGGAGCUGCACCGGCCCAUCCCCUCGCUGUUCCGCGCUCUGACAGAGGGAGACACGCCCAUAAACAUGAUGGUCUGGUCCUUUCCUGUGGCCGAGGAGCUGUCGCACCAUGAGAACCUGGUGUCCUUCCUGGAGACUCUUGAGAACCAGCACCAAAACGUGUCACUGCCCGGAAACAGUAUACAUGCCAACUAUGACGGGCAAGAGAGCAUGUGCACGGUGGUGUACUUUGAUGACUGCGUCUCCAUCCAUCAGUGUAAGCAGUACUGCGAGUCUAUGGGAGGAUCUAAGUAUCGCUGGUUCCACAACGCCUGCUGCCAGUGCAUUGGCCCUGAAUGCGUGGACUAUGGGUCUAAAGCCGUCAAAUGUAUGAAUUGUCUUUUCUGA